UGUGGGUAUGGUGUUCUUUGUUGGGGAGGGCCUCCCACUAGGGCAGAAGGAACUGCACUGCAUAACCAGGGAUUUGGUUUCCACCUUCAGAUAAGUAGAAUCUUCUGAACCCCAUCUGUACGAUUCAUACCAGGAGUAGAAAAUACUUGAAGCUGUCAAAUGCUGCAUUAGAUUUGCCUCGGUCAAAUCGGGCCAAAAAUGGGGGGAAGGCAGGUUAAGAUGGAGUUAAUGCCCACCCCGACUUGCUGCCCUCGCUAUUGUGGGAUGUUCUACUGUAACUAUGACAGCAGUUAAGAAUCCAGGUUACAGAAGCAAAUUCACAAAUGUCCAGAUCAUGGCACUACUACAUUCUUGUGUUAUCUUGGGCACACGACAAAUUCAUUUGACAAAUACAUGGCAGAGCGCCUACUAGUUGCUGGGCAUUGCUUUAGGCACUGGGGACAGAAUGAACGAACCCUUAUUUGAACUUAAAAAGUUCAAAAUGCAAAUCUCUGCCCUUACAGCCUCGGUUUCCUGGUUUCAGUGGGUAACUUGAAGCGGCUGGCCGGCUGGGACCCGCCUAGACAACCCAAGUACCGCCACCACCUUGUCCCCUUACAGCCCGGCCGCAGCCAGAACCACCGGCCGGCUGUGUCGGGAUCCUUCGCGCUCCGCUUCCGGCCUCCGCACAAGACUUCCGGUCGGCCGCUCCUUCCUUCCGCUUCUCUAUGGUGCGCAAGCCACAGAGUCCCCGACGCUGGAAGUGGCACGCUCUCCGGGACGCUUCGGGGUGCCGUGUGGUAUUCAACGUUAUUUACCACUCGGCUACCAUAUAAAGCCCAGCUCCCAGAUCAUCUUCAUUUCGGUCCCCAGUGCAGCGCCUCCUGCUUUAAUGUCCACGACCACCCUGGAGGUCUCUGCUGUUCCCUCCUGACUUUACCAAACAACAAUGUCAUCAGAAUCAAGCAAAAAACGAAAGCCCAAAGUGAUCCGAAGUGAUGGAGCGCCCGCUGAAGGGAAGCGUACUCGUUCUGACACUGAGCAGGAAGGUAAAUGCUACAGUGAGGAGGCUGAGGUGGACCUGCGGGACCCUGGCAGAGACUACGAGCUGUACAAGUACACGUGCCAGGAGCUGCAGAGGCUCAUGGCCGAGAUUCAGGACCUGAAGAGCAGGGGCGGCAAGGACGCGCAGGCAGUUGAGAUAGAAGAUCGGAGGAUCCAGAGCUGUGUGCAUUUUAUGACUCUGAAGAAGCUCAACCGAUUAGCCCACAUCAGGUUGAAGAAAGGAAGAGAUCAGACCCAUGAGGCCAAGCAGAAAGUGGACGCCUAUCACCUGCAGCUCCAGAACCUGUUGUAUGAGGUGAUGCACCUGCAGAAGGAGAUCACCAAGUGUCUGGAGUUUAAGUCAAAGCACGAAGAAAUCGAUCUGGUCAGCUUAGAGGAGUUUUAUAAGGAGGCUCCUCCAGAUAUCAGCAAGGCGGAAGUCACCAUGGGAGACCCUCACCAGCAAACCCUUGCACGCCUGGACUGGGAGCUGGAGCAGCGGAAAAGGCUGGCGGAGAAGUACCGAGAGUGCCUGUCCAACAAGGAGAAGAUCCUCAAGGAGAUUGAGGUGAAGAAGGAGUACCUGAGCAGCCUCCAGCCUCGUCUCAACAGCAUCAUGCAGGCUUCCCUCCCGGUGCAGGAGUACCUGUUCAUGCCCUUCGACCAGGCUCACAAGCAGUACGAGACAGCCAGACACCUGCCGCCUCCCCUCUAUGUGCUCUUUGUCCAAGCCACGGCGUACGGGCAGGCCUGUGCUCAUAGGAAAUCUUCCCAGCCCCCUAGACAGGAUAAGAUGUUGUCUGUGGCGAUCGAAGGCAGCGUGGAUGAGGCCAAGGCUCUGUUCAAGCCUCCUGAGGACUCCCAGGAUGAUGAGAGCGACUCGGAUGCCGAGGAGGAGCAGACCACGGUGAGAGCAUGGGGCCCGCUAUCUACCAGGUGCUGUCCUCCCUGGAAGCAGAAGAGAGAAAGAGAAAGCAGAAAAGUGAAAGAGAGAGAGGGCAGCUGGGAUCAUGGCAGCCAGAGCACUGAAGCACAGAAACGCCGGCGACCCACACUGGGAGUUCAGCUAGAUGACAAGCGCAAGGAAAUGCUGAAGAGACACCCGCUGUCUGUUCUGCUGGACCUGAAGUGCAAAGAUGACAGUGUGCUGCACCUGACUUUCUACUACCUCAUGAACCUCAACAUCAUGACAGUGAAAGCCAAAGUGACCACCGCUACGGAGCUGAUCACCCCCAUCAGUGCGGGUGAUUUGCUGUCUCCUGACUCAGUCCUGAGCUGCUUGUACCCUGGGGAUCAUGGAAAGAAAACUCCAAAUCCAGCCAAUCAGUAUCAGUUCGAUAAAGUUGGCAUCCUGACUUUGAGGGACUACGUACUUGACCUCGGUCACCCCUACUUGUGGGUACAGAAGCUGGGUGGCCUCCACUUCCCCAAAGAGCAGCCCCAGCACACUGUGAUCACAGACCACUCGCUGAGCGCCAGUCACAUGGAGACCACCAUGAAACUGCUGAAGACCAGGGUGCAGUCCCGCCUCGCCCUCCACAAGCAGUUUGCCUCCCUGGAACACGGCAUUGUGCCCGUUACCAGCGACUGCCACUACCUCUUCCCUGCAAAGGUUGUCUCUCGCCUGGUGAAGUGGGUGACGAUUGCCCAUGAGGAUUACACGGAGCUGCAUUUCACCAAAGACAUAGUGGAGGCGGGACUGGCUGGGGACACCAAUCUCUACUACAUGGCACUUGUGGAGAGGGGCACAGCUAAGCUCCAGGCUGCCGUAGUGCUAAACCCCGGCUACUCCUCCAUCCCACCCAUUUUCCAACUCUGUCUGAACUGGAAAGGGGAGAAAACCAACAAUAAUGAUGACAAUAUUCGGGCCAUGGAAAGUGAGGUCAACGUGUGCUUCAAGGAGCUGUGUGGCCCGCGGCCGGGCCACCAGCUUCUGACCAACCAGCUGCAGCGCCUGUGUGUGCUGCUGGAUGUCUACCUGGAGACAGAGAGCCAUGACGACAGCGUGGAGGGGCCCAAAGAAUUCCCCCAGGAGAAGAUGUGUCUGCGGCUUUUCAGGGGUCCCAGCAGGAUGAAGCCGUUUAAAUAUAACCACCCUCAAGGAUUCUUCAGCCACCGUUGACAUCGCGCUCAGCCUGUUUCCCCACAGACCCUAAGUGCUGCGCCUCUGCUUCCGGCUCGGGCGCACACGUGGCUCUUGAUAGUCUCCCAGGACAGGUUUUCUAUUUCUAGCCUAUUAAAAUGUCACCUGACCAAG